GUUCCAUAAAGCCGUUAUAUGGAGCGCAAAACCCGCUUGAAAUGAAGUACCGGCCUCCAUACAUGUAAAUCGACAGCUCUCCACGGAAGAGAGAGAAAUCUCUCUCUCUCUCUCUCUUUCUCACAAAUCCGGUUUGACCCUGAGGUGGACAGGAGCGACACAGAGAGAAAGAGAGAGAAUGUACAGGAGCAACUUGUUUUGAUCUGAAGGAGAGGAAGUAUGAGAAAUGCUAGAGAUGAGAUGGUGUGGGAGAGAUAGGGUUUGAAGGAGUUUUGGUCAAGAUCUCAAUUGGGUCUUGCUGCGUUCUCUCCGAUUUGAUCAGUUUCAUCACGCAAGGCAUGGCGGAAUCUGAUCGCAAGAGGCUUUAUCAAGUUUGGAAAGGAAGCAAUAGAUUUUUCUGUGGAGGGAGAUUGAUAUUUGGUCCAGAUGUAGCUUCAGUGUUUCUAUCAAUACUCCUAAUUGCUGGUCCAUCCGUCACAUUCUUUGUACAAGUUAUUGCAAAGAUCCAUAAACAUGAAAUCCAUAAGAGCAAGCUUGUGAAUCUUUCUCACAGUCAUAUACUUGGUUUUCCGGCGCUGAUUGUGGGAUUAUUUAUCACAUUACUUGUAUUGGUGUUCCUAUUCGUGACAUCUGGGAGAGAUCCUGGUAUUGUUCCAAGAAAUAAUCGACCACCAGAGUUACAUGAAGCUUUUGAUUCUGUCACUUCUUCUAUGGAAUGGAUCAGUGGUACGUUACCAGAUAAAAAAUUACCGCGCUCGAAGGAUGUAUUGGUGAAUGGUGUAAUUGUUAAAGUGAAGUACUGUGAAACGUGUUUGCUCUAUCGCCCACCUCGCGCUUCUCAUUGUUCUAUAUGCAACAAUUGUGUUCAGAAGUUUGAUCACCACUGCCCGUGGGUCGGUCAGUGCAUCGGAGUGCGUAACUACCCAUUCUUUUUUCUAUUCAUAUCAUCAUCAACCAUUCUUUGUAUGUAUGUCUUCACCUUUUCGUGGCUUAAUAUUAUUGCCGAGAAGAAAUAUUAUGGAAAUUCACUGUGGAAAUCCAUGAAGGGGGAGGUGUUGUCACUUUUGCUCAUAGUUUACACAUUCAUAGCUGUCUGGUUUGUGGGAGGGCUCACAAUCUUCCAUCUCUACUUAAUCAGCACAAACCAGACAACUUACGAAAACUUCCGGUAUCGGUACGACAAAAGGGAGAAUCCAUAUGAUAAGGGCAUAAUCAGAAACUUUGGAGCUGUUUAUUGCUCAGAGAUCCCACCUUCAUUGCAUAGCUUCAGAUCAUGGGUGAUCGAAGAGGAAGUUAAAGUAGAAUCCAUGCAUUCUAAGCCAUGCACGGAUGGAAUUUAUCGUAAGAAUAAAAUGGAUUUAGAAAUGGGUGGAAAAACAGGCCUAGAUGAUGGCCAUGAUCCCAUUCCUAAACUCUUAAAAAAUCUGGAUUACAGUGAAAUUAGUGAUGAUUUGAAGAUGGAUGAUGGGAGUGAAGACGAAGAGAUUGUCCCUUUUACUUUUUCGGUUAUGCAACAACCUGUUGGUCUCGUGGCAAGAGACUCGAACCAGUGCUGCUUGGUUUCAGAUGGAAGAGUUGUAGAUGAGAAUGCUGAUGAGGGGCAUUUCCCUAAUCAAAGCUUACAUCCUCUUCAUGCUAUGUUGAAAUGAGAUUCACAUGCCAUCUUUCAAGAACCUCAAAUGCAUGAUUUGCAUCCAUUUGAAGCUUAGAACCAUAACACAGAUGGAAGAUUUGUCAUCACUGAUGAAGAGAAUGAAGGAAUCAGAUAUGGAUUAAAAUCUAUGGUUGAUAUAGCUUCAAAUAAUGAUUGUGUAUAACUUUUUUUUUUUGGCUUUUAUUUUAUUUUUGUUGGAUGAUUGCAUAGUCACUGUUGUAGAUAAUCAAUAUUGUUUUGUUUGAUUAAAGAUUAAAAAAAUGCACAUAAUUUCUUGUUAAACUUGAUAAAUAUCAGAAUGUGGCGGGGGGGAAGGUGAGCUCAGAAAGCAAUAUCCGUGAUUAGAACGCACGACCUUAUAGUGAAAGACUUGUACUCUUAACCAUUGUGCCGCAUAUA